AUGUCACUGACUAUUUUCCAGCUCAUAGCAACGUUAGGUGUUCUUCUUAGCGUCUUCAUAUCAUCGACUCACUCACUCUGGCCGAAUUUUGCAGAAAAAUGUAGCGGUGGUGGGUCAAAGCUGAAGUAUUUGUCGGGUGAUGCACUUAUUGACACACCAGGAUGUAUCGGACCAAACAAUCUUCCAUAUCCAAGUGGAACAAUAAGUCGAGCUUUUAAUGGAGGUUCAUCACGAAAAGGCCGACAUAGUCAACUUCCGACGACACUUGAUCCAUUGUUGACACAAUCGACAUUACUGAAUGCAUAUAGAGAAGUCAAUGGUGAAGCAUCUGUCACACGACAAGGUCGAUCGUUAAAUUCACAAAAUCAAUGCGGCGGCACACCGGCAAGAUUGUGCAAAACCAGAUACAACACGACAGCACCAAUGUAUGGAGUGAGUUUGACAUCAGGUCAUCCAGUGACAAUUGUUCAGAAAUUCCCCGAUCUUCUUCAACAAGUUGUCUUUGAAGUUUGCGAAUCAUCCGAAUGUGACGUCGUUCGUGGUGAUUGUGUUCAAACUUAUGUACCGUAUUUGUUCCUCGUUAUUCCACUUGGACCAGUAACUUUGACUGGACAAGAUUACAUUCUUGUUGAAAGCGGAUGUGUUUGCAAGCCGAAAUAUGCGAGUGGUCUUGCUUCUAAUAACGUCAAUGAAGUUCUGCCUUGAUGAUGCAAUCUUAAGCAUCAUCCAGUGAUUCUUUCAAAGGACUUGAACCUGACUUACAUGCAUUCAUAUAAAUUUGGGCUCAAACCCUAAGGGAGAUUAUAUUUCGUUGAAGUUGGUGACGAUUCUUCUUAAGUUUCUAGACAUAAUUAUAAAAAUAUUUAAUUCCUAAAUGAUAAUGAAAUUAUUUAUAAAAAAAUUAAAGUUGUACAUAAAUAUCGUGUAUCAUACCUCGACGGCUAUAAAAACAAAUUAAACAUGAAAUUCUUGAAAAGUAAAUUUUUAUUGGAACUUAAGGAAUUUCAAGGUUUCUUUAUUAAUCUUUUAAUGACAUUAUUCAUUAAUUCGAUGUUUUUUUAAACGAAUUUGAUAAAGUUCAUUGACUUCUUCGUAAACCUUUAGGCUAAAGAGACGAAAGUUAAGCCAUCGGACGGAGCAGAAGCUUCUGUUGGUCUUUCUUUUUCCAGCUUUUUUUUCAAGGCGGCAAUGAAGUAAAUGAUCAAAAUAUAAAUUAGUAGUGGGAGUAACAAUAAAGCAGAUAAUCGUUUUUCAUGAUCAAAUAUCAAAAAAAAUUGAAAUAAUAAUAACAAGCAAAAUUGACUCCCCGUUAUCUUUAGAAACUUUUCAACUUUCUUUGGAUUGCGAUCGUGAAUUCCAAGAAUUAAUUGUCGUGAUAUGUAAGCAAUGGCCAAACUGUAUAUAAAAGCAGUCAGGAAUAUGCAGAACCGACCAAACUUAUUAUAUCCAUGAUUGCUUAAUAAAGCGUCCAAUAGCAACUCUUUUAAGAAUAAAGCAGAGAUAACUGCGGCGACACUUGAAAUUGAACAGAAAAACCAUCCACACAAUUCUCCAAAUCUUUCCAAAGUGAAGCAACUUUCCUUCUCCAUUUUUUUUAGUUUUUGUUUGAACACUAAAGUUAAGUUAAAUUGAUGAAUUUUUGACGGCUUAAAUUUUUUAUAAAGAAGGCUACACGUUUACCUUUCUUCACAUCAAAUGACACACUAAAACUUUGAUGAGUUUGUAACUGAU